GCAACUAUAUGAGGCUCAAGCUGCUCCUCGGUUUCGAUGCUGGUCUGAUGUUGGGACGCGGAGGGGCAGAAACUCGCAGUAUAUUGAUGGCUUAAAAGAGGGAACGAUCUCCCGAAUCCGCCUGGAUGGUGAAGACAAAGAAGCGCGGUGUGGAAUAUUUCCAGCAAGUCAAUCAUAACGUCUUAUUUCCGACUUUUUUUUGCCCAGCUGUCGAGUGAAACCAGAUAGCUGACCAAGUUGUGGUUCGUCAGAUAGCUAAGCUAAGCUAGGCUAAACUAUCCAGUGUGUUAGCCUGCUAGGUCUGCUAGCCACCUAGCGGACUGUUUACAGGACCUUCUUGGACAGCCAUGUAGUCGGGGUGGAGGUUCAUAAGUGUGGCUGAAGGGCUGAGACUGGGAGAAAAACGCUACUCUGCACUGGAGGGAGGAGCCUAAUGCCUCAGAAAUGUGAAACGAUCAGUUACCGUAGUCCCACCCCUUACAGGGAACCAAGAAAACAAACCUUCCAUCCACAGAAAGUGUGGAGGUUUUCAGCCAUGCACCUUAAGCCAUAUCCUAAGCCACAAGAUAAAGAACUUCAUCAGGAUGGGGGCCAGGAUUGCACAGGAAAUCUUGUGGGUCAACGAGGAGUACUCAGAACUGAGUGGGGUGUUCGCCAAGCAUGUAGUCUUAUGGGCUUGCCUGGCAACGGCACAGUCAACCGGUUCCCCCUCAGUGUCCUCUCCACCAAUACUUUCCGUUGUACCAAUAACAAUAGCAGUAUCCCACUUACAAGAGCAAGCGGGGGGUUUUCUCACUCCUGGGGCCACAAAAGCAAGACAUCCGCCUCUGUCACUACAGUCACUAGUUCAUUAGUGCUACUCUCCUCUCCAACUGGCAUGGAGAACGAAGGCUCGCUAGGAAUAUACCAAGGAGGGGAUGGAGAGGGCUCAUUAGACAUAUGGGCAGUAAUUAAGCCUGGAAACACCAAAGAAAAGAUUGCAAUUUUUACUGCUCAGAAAUAUAGUCAUACUGCAGCAGGUAGCAACGACGAAGCUUCUGAGAAAGAAGGAAUUACAACAGAUUUGCGGACAGUGUCGAUGAAAAACAAAGGUUGCUGGGAUGGUGACUGGUCUAUGGCAAAGCGAAGAAAGCGGUCCGGAAAUCUAGACAAGUCCAGAUGCAUUACUACGCCUGCACAAAAGGCUGAAUUCUGUACAGCGCUCUCAAACUCCAACAAAAACUUCAAUGCUUCCUCUGGUGUAGCUGGCGAGAUUGUGAAGACGGAUGCAGAAGAGGGUGGAAAAACAAUUUCCGUGGUUGAAAUGGUGGCAUACUUGGAACAGAGGGCUAAUGAUCAACAAGUAGAUCCGAAACGUCCAUCACUGCGAAGCUCCAGCACAAUUACCCUGUCGAAAGGUCCAUCACUGCCUCCUCCAGCUGAACAGAUCUCCAAAGGUCUGCAGCUGCCAGAGGUCCAUGAGGAAGAGGAAUCCGUGCGAGUGCUGGACAUGGUUGCCAAGUUGGAAUCUCAGUGCCUCAGCAGGCAAAAUGUGAGAGAGGGAGGAGACCUCUCGCGCAACAACAGUCUGCGGAGAAGGGUGGGACGUGUUUUGCUAGCAGGAUCUGAACCAUACUCUGCAGUCUUGCCUAGCCAGGCAGAAUUUCCCACCCUUCCUCAGGACAAGAGACCUGACCAUCAGUCAGAGCAAAUUGCUAGUCAUGCUGAUAAACCUAGAGACCCACCAGAAGCCUGUGUGCCUGUGCACUUAGAGCAUUUUGCACUGAGAGGUAGGAAUGUGGCUAAACAGGAGACAUGUGUUAAAGUAGACACAAUAAACAGCCUGUACACUUUGGCCAAUCAGGCCAGCUCAGAGACCCACAUGUGCAGCGAGGAGCCUCUUCCAGGCAUGCUAUUCUUUUCUCAGUCUCCACCACAGGCUCGUCAGGAGCAGAGAUGUCACUCUAAGAAUAACUCCAUAUCACAAAAUACACAAGACUCUUGUAAUGACAAUAAAAAUGAACAGCCGCCACACAGGCAGGCACUGGAACCUAUUUCAGUUGUUGUGUCUUCCAGGGAGGAGAACCUGGAUAAACUGGAGGACAAUCAUGAUCUGGAGGAAAUGGAAGGAGAGUUUGUUGAAAAUAAUCGUGGUCCUGUGCCUUUGCGUCGCCUAGUGUCUCAUGAAUUCUUGGAGACCCGCUAUAAGAUUCAGCUCCUCCUGGAGCCCCAGCAGUAUAUGGCGUUUCUUCCCCACCACAUCAUUGUAAAGAUCUUUAGUAUGCUGCCUACUGAAAGCCUGGCUGCCCUCAAGUGCACCUGUCAUUAUUUCAAGUUUAUCAUUGAGAGUUACGGUGUGCGCCCAGCUGACUCCCGCUGGGUCAGUGAUCCACGCUAUAAAGACGAUCCCUGCAAGCAGUGUAAAAAACGCUAUGGCCGUGGUGAUGUAUCACUUUGUCGUUGGCACCAUAAGCCGUACUGCCAGGCCUUGCCCUAUGGCCCUGGCUAUUGGAUGUGCUGCAGGGGGGCCCAUAAGGACACACCUGGUUGCAAUGUGGGACUCCAUGACAAUCGAUGGGUCCCUGCCUUUCAUAGUAUCAAUAUGCCAAUUUAUAAAAAGAGCAGAGAGAGUGAAGAUGUGUAGUGUGCUGAAGUGGGAUGGUGUAUGAGCUUUUUUUUUUUUCCUUCUUCUUUCUUGCAAAAGAUGUGUCCACGUGGGUGUAAAUGUUGUGGGUAAAUACUGGGUCUUGUGCCUCUGCUGCCAUAUGAGCAUGCAUUAUAUAUAUAUAUUUUUUUUUUUUAAUCAGUUUGCAUCCACACUGCUGAAACUAACCAGCUGGCUUUAUUUUUGCCUUCGUUUCUCCCCUUGCCCACGAAACCACCAACACGUCUAUAGAACCUUCUCAGGUCCUUAAAUUUGAUCUGCACUUUAACCUGUAAUUGCUGAGUUCGUGCAAAUUAUCCAGGGUACUUUCAGUUGUUUUAACUUUCAACAGGCAUUAAUUUCAGUCUCAUUAAAUUAUUUCCCAGAGAACACUUAAACAUUUCCUAUUCAUUAUCCUUUAAGAUAUUGGGUGCAUAACACCUAACUUUUUGCAUACAUUUCAUUGCAAUUAAUUAAUCCAGUAAUUGAUCAGCAACUAAUCUAUUGUUCUAUUUGUAACUGGUAAAUUUGCUUAAAGAGCUUAAAACAGAUCAAAAUCUGCAUCUAUCCCCAGAUUAUAAUUGUAAUAGCUAUAUGUUUCCUGGGAUCAUGUACUAGUUUCUGGCUGGUCUGAAAGGUGAUCCCAGUUGUUUACACUGUACAUAGCAGAGACUUGUAUCAUAAUAGGGUGAAGAGUUUCUUUAACUUGGAAUGGGUGGAACACCCUUUCAUGUCUGUCUGUAUUCCACAUUGCUUUCUUUAGAUUUACAGCAUUUCAUCAAACAGUAAAUUGGCAGUGUGCAUGCUUUUAACUAAACUAUUGGCACCUCCCUGGUAUGAUGCAGUGUUUCUCACAGGGAAACCUUUGAUUGUAGGGAGGCUGGUCAACUGCAUUAACUUCCCACUGCCACCUAGAUGGCAUCAGAUAUAUAUAUAUAUA